AUGACCGCGACCGCGACAGAAGCAGAGGCUCUCCCUCCCAGUCGGUAUCUCUGUCUGACCAUCCUGGGCUACCGCAAGCCCGGCCUGAGCGAGGAGGCAUACCGGCAGCAUAUGAUCGAGGUCUCGGCGCCCCUCACCAAAGAUCUAAUGGUGAAAUACGGCGUCAAACGGUGGACGGUGAUCCACAAUCCGACGCAAACUCGCCUCUUGAUGAACCAAAUCUAUGAUCGCCAGAUGUCGAACAUCGCCGACUAUGAUUGUUUCAGCCAGGUGGUGUUUGAGAGCGUGGACCACUACAAGAAGAUGAAGGAGGAUCCGUACUACAAGGAGCAUCUCUUUGGGGAUCAUGAGAACUUCGCGGACACGCGACGGAGCCAAAUGACAAUUGGGUGGAUCGAGGAAUGGAUCAAUGAUGGUGCCGUGCGCGAGGGUUUGGAGUUUCCCAGUGAUGCGCAGUCCGGGGCAUCGGGGAUUGUGUCUGCACCUGGUCUGGCCAUCAUGACUGUGUUUCUGGGAGCUUUUAUCUUCCUGUCAAGGUAG